AGUGUGUGUGUGUGUGUGUGUAAGACAGCCAUGAGGAGGAUGCUGGCUCUCUUCUGCUUAAUUUCACUGGCGGCACCUCUAACGGACGCAUGGAGACCAUCGCAACCACGACUGCACUUCCAACACUCAGAGCUGGUGCGGAGCGGCAGGCUCAUGUCUCUCUCUGUGCCUGCUGGGGAUCUGAACUCUCUAUUGCCAGGUGAAGAUGGUCGUCAUCUUUACAUCGGUAUGAAAGACCAUCUGCUGUCCACGAGCCUGGAUGAUAUUACUCAAACCCCCCGCAAGAUAUACUGGCCUGCAAGUCCAGAUCGAAUCCAGAACUGUAUCAUGGCUGGAAAAAGCCUGCAGACGGACUGUGCAAAUUUCCUGCGUGUGUUAGAGCUGUAUAACCAAACACAUCUUUACGCCUGUGGGACGGGAGCGUUCAACCCUCGCUGUGCCUUCAUCCCCACAAACCUCUUCCUCAGGGCCGAGGAACAAAGGCUGGAGUAUGAAGACACUGAAUCAGGGAAGGGAAAAUGUCCUUAUGACCCUCACCAGAGAACAGCUACUGCCAUGAUAGACGGAGAGCUGUACGCUGGUAUCUCAUCUGACUUUCUAAGUCAUGAUACCGCUUUUAUUCGGAGUCUGGGGGAGCGACAUGCGAUUCGCACCGAACAAUACGACUCUACAUGGCUGCAAGGCGCUGAAUUUGUACAUGUCGCAGCGAUGUCAGAGAGCGAUAAUGAGGAGGAUGAUAAGGUCUACGUGUUCUUUACUGAGCGCGCACAGGAAGCAGAGGGGGCUGCUGGGAAGGUCCUCUAUUCUAGAGUCGCCCGCGUCUGCAAGAAUGAUAUUGGUGGUCAGCGUAGUUUGGUUCAUAAAUGGAGCACCUUUCAGAAAGCUCGUAUUGUUUGCUCCGUACCAGGACCCGACGGCAUACAGACACACUUUGACAAACUCCAGGAUAUUUUCAUUCAGCGUGGAAAGGACAAAAAGAACCCCCUCGUCUAUGGGCUCUUCACAACUACCAGCAAUGUCUUGAAUGGAUCCGCUGUGUGUGUUUACCACAUGCAGGACAUUAUUAGAGCUUUUAAAGGAAAUUUCCUUCAUAGGGAGGGUCAACAGUACAAGUGGACAGAAUAUACAGGCAGAGUUCCCUAUCCUAGACCUGGAACAUGUCCCAGCAGUACAUAUGGAGGGUUCAAAUCAACAAGGGAAUAUCCUGAUGAGGUCAUCUUCUUUAGCCGCACACAUCCUUUAAUGCAAGAAGUGGUACGUCCUCUUGGAGGUCAUCCUUUGCUCAUCAGAGUGGGCGUGUCUUAUAAACUGACCCGCCUCCUUGUGGACCGAGUGGAGGCGGUGGAUGGACAAUAUGAUGUGCUGUUCAUUGGUACAGAUUCUGGCCUGGUUCUGAAAGCGAUUCACCUGCCUAAACCCAACGGACAGAAUCAGGAGAUCACUCUGGAACAGCUGCAGGUUUUUAAGAACAAGUCACCAAUCACUGCCAUGACGCUGUCUAAGAAAAAGCAGUGGCUGUUUGCUGGAUCAGCAGAGGGUGUGAUUCAGUUGAGUCUGUUCCACUGUGAUCUGUAUGGCCAAGCCUGCGCUGAAUGCUGUCUCGCUAGAGACCCAUACUGCACCUGGGACGGCCACUCUUGCAGCCCUUACAUGCCAACUGCAAAGAGAAGAAACAUUCGUCAGGUUAACGAUGACGGCAACCCGCUGAACCAGUGUGUCAGACAGGGAGCUGGUCUUCAGGUGGACGCAGAGGAGAAGACACAAGUUGUUGCCUUGGGUAAUAGCACCUACCUGGAGUGUCUACCCAAAUCUCACCAUGCCACAGUCACCUGGUUUAAAGACGUAGGCGAGAACAGUUUGGAGCAACAUAAGGUCACAUCUGGGGAGCAGCUGGUUGUCAUUGAAAGGGGAAUCCUCAUUCCCCGGGCUGAGCUCAAUCAUGGUGGCAUUUAUCACUGUCAGCUUGAAGAGCAUGGAUUUCGCUGGACAGCUGUUACUAUUCGUUUAAUUGUGUGGAGCACCGCUCUGCACCCCACCCUUGCCUCCACCCAGCCAUGGUACCAGGAUGUGAUGGCAUUGAUCAACCACGGCAAACUGGAGCGACACUGCAAAGAACUCAGUCAGCAUCACAACAACAAGGAAUCAGGGAACCACAAGCAUAACAAACAGGACAGAAAGAAAGCAGAUCGGCACAGGCAAAGAGGAGGGGGCGAGAAGGAGAAAGGAAGGGGGCGGAAGAACCGCAGCCGAAUGCAGAGUUCAGCACAGAGGCUGCCGAGGAGUGCAUAGACCGAAUCACAGGUGUUUACAAAGCUGCUCAAAACAAAAGAAUACAACAAAACAUGCAAUAUACACAAUACAUGUACACAGUAUCAUAAUAACAGUAAUUUGCUUUGUUUCAAAACCUAAUGAGCUGCCUGCAUGCAAGUUUAAAAAAAAUACAUGCAAGAUGGAGGAUGAAAAUAGAAAAUUUUACUUACAUUUCAUUCAAUUCUUUCAAAGAAGUGUAUCACUAUAAAGUGAUCAAAAGUUUGGAUGCAAUACGAUUUUGCAUUGAACUGAUCAAAAGUAACAGUAAAGACAUUGUUACAAAAGAUGUCAAUUUUAAACAAAUGCAAAAAGUUGUAGCACUGUGUCCAAAAAGUAUAAAUCAGCACAGCUGUUUUCAUAAUUGAUACUAAUAAUAAAUGUUCCUUGAGCACCAAAUCAGUAUAUUAAAAAUUAUUUCUGAAGGAUCAAGUGAUGCUAAAGAUUGGAGUAAUGGCCAGCCUUGCCAUCACAUUUCUAAAAAUAUAUUAAAAUAGAAAACAGUUAUUUUACUUUACUGUAUUCUUGAUCAAAAAAUGCAGCCAUGGUGACCAUGAGACUUAACUACACUUUAAUGAGUUCAGUGAUGAGUAGAAUGCUUCCUGUGUAGGCAAUGAGGCAGCUCACCAAGAUUUGGAACAAAGCUAGUAUCUGAAUCAUAUGAAGGAUUGUUAUCAAGCAAAUUAAGAAUGAUCUGGUAUAGGUGUGGUCAAGAAGAAGUGUUUACUUUAGUAUUAAAAACCAAUUGAUUAUUUGAGGACUGUGUUAAACAUAUCUGACAUUUUUUUAAGGCAAGGGAGUGUCCCCAAAUUAUCCUCUGUUGAAGAAAAGACAAAUCUUCCAAAGUUAUAGGGAGCAUCUUAAAAUGUUCUUUGUUUAAAAAGACUUCAGUGUUGAUGGCACUUUUUCAUCUGUACUGAAACGUAUUGCCUUAUUUAUCUUUCAUGGUAUUUAUUUUCUUGUGUUUUUGUGCUUUGUGUUUAUUGUCUUGAAUUUUAAGUGUAAAAAUUGUACAUGGUAUUAUUUUCUUCUUAAUAUUUAAAUAGGGUGUAAUUCUGUCUCUGACGUCACUCAUUAAGGUUUCAAGACAUUUAUUUAAAUGAAUUGACAAAAGCAAAAGUCCCAAAAUGCAGCAGAUCCUGUAGGAUGAUGAACGAUGUGUUUCUCUGGGGAUCGAUGGAGGCACAAAGGGUGCGUUAUUUUACUGGACUGAAACGGCAGCUACUUUCUUCUGCACAUGGACGAUGCAUGACUGCCAAGAAGUUUGGCACCCGCCCUGAAAGGCCUCCAUUCAGAAAGAUGGAAAACCAAAAAAUAAAUUAAGAAAAAGUGAUUUAAAGGCUUUAAAGUACAGUACAAACAGAGAGAGAAGAGGAGCAAAUUAAAAUGUGGUCAGACCCAAACCACAUGACGGAGACAGAAGCAGUGAUCUGUGUAUAUGUUGGAGCAGCUCGGUUCGCCAAGAGACUUGAAUGUUGAUAACAUUUAGAAAAUAAACAAAGAAAAUGUAGAAUAGAUGUUCCAUGUUUUACAUGUGAAGAGGUAAAUCCUGCCCUCAAUUAUUUAAACCUUGUGAAACAUGUGACUUUGUCUUACCUUUAACUGUAAAUCUGGUUUUCAUUAAUGGACUCUGAACCUUGAAUAAAGUGUUUUGGAAGACUCUCAUGAAAUUGAGAGAAAAUAACAGAA